AUGUCAUCGGCGGACUCGCCUUUGCGUUCCAACACAUCUCCGCUCUUUUUAGCUUCAAGUGGCUUGCAAUAUGGAUCAGAGAUUGGUCCUUCGAGUCAGGGGACUACAUCAACUACUCGUCACUUUGCCGUCCCACGGCCGGACAUAGAUGUUACUCCCUCUCAUCAUCGGACUAUUCGAAUAGAAAAUAUGGAAGACGAUUUGGACGGAGGCGAUAGCGGUGGAGCUAAAUUGUACAUUUGGGGUACUAGAAUUUGUGUUACGGAUGUGCAAAAAGCGUUCAAGGCGUUUUUAACUGAGUACCAAUCAAAAGCGCUUGAAGACGACGAAAACAUUUUGAUGCUUGAGAUUGACACCGAACGACCUUACUAUAUGGAGCGGCUUUUUGAAAUUAGUCAAAAUGAAAAUGUUUAUUUGAAUCUUAAUCUUGGGCAUGUGAGGGAGUAUAAUGAGGACAUUAUCCCAUAUCUCGACAUGACUGUGAAUGAGCUUUUUAUUGAACACUAUCAAAAAACCUUGUCGUCCCCCAUCGAGGUACGGCCGUUUAAUGCGGAAAAGACUCGUAGUAUGCAGGCGUUGAACCCACAAGAUGUUGAUCAGUUGGUAACAAUUGUUGGUAUGAUUACGAGGACGUCAGCUUUGAUCCCUGAAAUGCGCCAAGGAUUUUUCCAGUGCUUAUUUUGUGAUUACACCAUAGAAAAUGAAGUUGAUCGUGGCAGAAUCGAAGAGCCAGUUCUCUGCCCAAACUGUCAACAGAAGUUUUGUUUCCAUUUAAUUCACAAUCGCUCCCAAUUUAUGGACAAGCAGGUUAUAAAGCUUCAAGAGUCACCAGAAGAAAUGCCUGCUGGUCAGACUCCCUGCACCAUAACGCUGUUUGCCCACGGUAAUUUGAUUGAAAGCGUCCAACCUGGUGAUCGGGUUUCAGUAACAGGGAUCUACCGCGCUAUUCCAAUUCGUGUUAAUCCUCGUAUGCGCAACGUAAAUUCUGUUUUUCGAACCAAUAUUGACGUGCUUCAUUUCCGGAAAACUGACCAGAGCCGCUUGCACCAGUCAUACGAUGGUUCAUUCUUGACGGCUGAAAGAGUUGAACAGAUUAGAAACUUGUCGAAACGUCCGGACUUAAUGGAAUUUCUCGUCUCAGCUAUUGCUCCUUCCAUUUAUGGACAUGAAGAUGUGAAGCGUGGACUGUUGUGCCUGCUUUUUGGAGGGACAAGAAGGGAAAACGAAUUGGAAAAUAAGAAGCGGAUGAGGAGUGAGAUAAACAUACUUUUGUGCGGUGAUCCGGGCACCAGCAAGAGCCAAUUAUUACAGUAUGUUUAUCGACUUGUUCCUCGAGCGCAGUAUACUUCUGGAAAAAGCUCAUCUGCAGUAGGCCUUACGGCUUCAAUAGCUCGUGAUCCUGAUACUCGACAUCAUGUUUUACAAACUGGAGCAUUGGUAUUGGCUGAUAAUGGAAUUUGCUGUAUCGAUGAAUUUGAUAAGAUGAAUGACAGCACAAGAUCAGUUUUGCAUGAGGUUAUGGAACAGCAGACCCUCUCUAUUGCAAAAGCAGGGAUUAUUUGCCAAUUAAAUGCACGGACUUCAAUAUUAGCAGCGGCAAAUCCAGUUGACUCUCAAUGGAACCUUAAAAAGACUAUUGUGGAGAAUAUUCAGCUUCCUCAUACUCUUUUGUCUCGGUUUGAUUUAAUAUUCCUCUUGUUGGACGCCCAGGACGAAAUGUACGACAGGAGGAUUGCUAACCACUUGGUCUCUCUGUACUAUGAUGCUCUUGAUAAGGCUUUGCUUCGGGAUUACAUAGGCUAUGCCAAAGCUAAUGUGCAUCCAGUCUUGAAUGAUGCAUCUGCUCAAUGCUUGAUUGAUCGUUACGUCCAAAUGCGGAAGGGUGCUGGACACGGACAGAUUUCUGCAUAUCCACGACAACUCGAAUCAUUGAUUCGUUUAUCUGAGGCUCAUGCCAAGAUUAGGCUCUCUGACGCUGUCUCUGUGCAGGACGUUGAAAACGCUUACAGCUUACACCGAGAGGCAUUGAAACAAUCUGCAGUAGAUCCAAAUACUGGUUGUGUGGAUAUCAACAUCCUCGCAGCGGGUAUUAGUCUAACUAAUAAGAAGCAAGUUGAACAGCUGACCCAGUUGAUUACAACUAUGUUAUUUUCAAACGAAAUGUUUGAAGAGGCCUUGAACGAUUUGGUAAGCAGUGAAUUGUUAGUACGCACAGGAGACAAAAUACGUUACGUUGGUUCUGAAUAA